CAGGACACUAGGUACCCAACUCUGAGAGGAUCUCUCCUGGAGCUGAGAAUGUCCUGCAAGAGUCUGCUUAUCUCUGCUUUGGCACUGAUGCUACUGCUCCACCUCUGCAGUCAGUCAGAAGCAAGCACCUUCGACUGCUGCCUACGCUACACAGAGCUCAUUCUUCCUUUCAGAUCCAUUGUGGGCUUCACAGAGCAGCUGGUCGAUGAAGCUUGUGACAUUAACGCUAUUAUCUUUCACACCAAAAGGAGACUGUCUGUGUGUGCUGAUCCGAAGAAGGUCUGGGUGAAGAGGGCAGUGCAUUUCCUCAGUCGAAGAGUCAAGAACAUGUAAACACGGAUGCUCUUCUGGGAUGGAAUUGGACACAGCCCAAGGACAAAACGAUUACAGCCGGAGCUGGAAGCUCCACGUACAUCACUUAGCAUUUACCUGAUUUGUCUCACUGGACUUGUUCAAUGGAUGAAACUGAUUCAUAUUGCAUCAUAGUUUGCUUUGUUUAAGCUCAUGCUAGAGUUAAGCUGUAUUUUAUGUUAUUUAUAGGUAGAUGUAGGUUUUCUAUGUUUAGCUAUUUAAUAUUAAUUUCCCAUAAGCUAGCUAUGGGGUUUAGUGCAAAAUGCAUUAUGUUUAGGGGACUAAGAUUGUAUGGACCUUUCUGUAACCAAUAAGCUAUUUUAAAAACUAUUUAAUUUUCUUUAUAUAUUUAAUUUUGUCUCUUAAAGUGGUUCAAUUACAUUAUAGAAUAGAAAAUAAUUAUAAGAAUAUUGAAAAUAAAAA